AUGGAGGGUAAUGGUGUUGAAGGUAAUGGUGUUGAUGGUAAUGGUAUGGAGGGUACUGUUUUUGAAGGUAAUUGUGUUGAUGGUAAUGGUGUUGAAGGUAAUGGUGUUGAAGGUAAUGGUAUGGAGGGUAAUGGUGUUGAUGGUAAUGGUGUUGAUGGUAAUGGUAUGGAGCGUAAUGGUGUUGAAGGUAAUGGUGUUGAAGGUAAUGGUGUUGAUGGUAAUGGUGUUGAAGGUAAUGGUAUGGAGGGUAAUGGUGUUGAUGGUAAUGGUAUGGAGGGUAAUGGUGUUGAUGGUAAUGGUAUGGAGGGUAAUGGUGUUGAUGGUAAUGGUGAUGAUGGUAAUGGUGUUGAUGGUAAUGGUAUGGAGGGUAAUGGUGUUGAAGGUAAUGGUGUUGAAGGUAAUGGUAUAGAGGGUAAUGGUGUUGAAGGUAAUGGUGUUGAAGGUAAUGGUAUGGAGGGUAAUGGUGUUGAAGGUAAUGUUGUUGCUGGUAAUGGCAUGGAGGGUAAUGGUGUUGAAGGUAAUGGUGUUAAAGAUAAUGGUGUUGCUGGUAAUGGUAUGGAGGGUAAUGGUGUUGAAGGUAAUGGUGUUGAUGGUAAUGGUAUGGAGGGUAAUGGUGUUGAUGGUAAUGGUGUUGAUGGUAAUGGUAUGGAGGGUAAUAGUGUUGAAGGUAAUGGUGUUGAAGGUAAUGGUAUGGAAGGUAAUGGUGCUGAAGGUAAUGGUGUUGAUAGUAAUGGUGUUGAUGGUAAUGGUGUUGAUGGUAAUGGUAUGGAGGCUAAUGGUGUUGAAGGUAAUGGUGUUGAAGGUAAUGGUAUGGAGGAUAAUGGUGUUAAAGGUAAUGUUGUUGCUGGUAAUGGCAUGGAGGGUAAUGGUGUUGAAGGUAAUGGUGUUGCUGGUAAUGGUAUGGAGGGUAAUGGUGUUGAUGGUAAUGGUAUGGAGUGUAAUGGUGUUGAAGGUAAUGGUGUUGAUGGUAAUGGUAUGGAGGCUAAUGGUGUUGAAGGUAAUGAUGUUGAAGGCAAUGGUAUGGAGGGUAAUGGUGUUGAAGGUAAUGUUGUUGCUGGUAAUGGCAUGGAGGGUAAAGGUGUUGAAGGUAAUGGUGUUUAA